ACGAGCUGACCAUAGCCCAGCUGGGUCCUUUCCAGUGCUCCAUCAGCUCAGCCAAGGCGAAGAAGACACCGAGUUGCGGCGGAGAUGGAGUUGGAGCUCGGCCUGGCACUCCCCGGCGGUGACCUGAUAGCGGAGCUGGGUCUUGCCAGCGAGAAGAGAACCAGCACGUGCAGGAAGAGAGGCUUCGAUGAUAUGUUCUACGGGGCAACUUCGCCGCCUCUCUUCGUGCACAAGGACGGCGACGAUGAUGAUGGCGAUGACGACGACAGCCGCUUCAACCAUUUGCAGGAGCUUAACCUCGGAAGCAGAGUUCUGGUUGGGUGGCCGCCGGUGAGAGUGUCGCGAAGGAAGGGCGAGGAGGGCGGAAAGAGGCGGGUGAACUGCGUGAAGGUGAACAUGGAAGGCGUAGCCAUAGGGAGGAAGGUGGAUCUCUCCCUCCAUGACUCUUAUCAGGCCCUCUUCCUCACGCUAAGCCAGAUGUUUCCCAAGAAGCAACACGACGGAGAGGAAUCUGAUGCUGCUUUUUACAAGGUCACUUACGAAGACGAGGAUGGGGACUGGAUGCUGGUUGGAGAUGUGCCAUGGGAAUUGCUUUGUUCUUCAUGAAGAGCUUUCAUCCUCUGAUGCUUGUUACAGAGCUUUCAUCCAGUCCGUAAAGCGUCUCAAGAUACUCAACUGAGAAGGCAGAGAAGGAAAGGGAAAUCACUGUCCCAUUUGCCAGUGGCUUAGUAGCAUGUAAUGUUUCUUUCUGCUUAUGUAAUGUUUGUUUAAGUUGCUGCAGUAUGUAGCAGACCACCAUCAUGACUCUAUAGAAUGUGUGUAUGUUUGUGUACAUGGGGUGAUUAAUUUCCUGGUCCUGCAAUCGAGGUCUUUGGUUGAUGUAGUGGAUUAGAUGACUUUUAUUGCAAGAUGAUAUGCCACAAUAAUUUGGGAUGA